AUGGACGGCGCUGAUGGAUCAUUCGGAUUGAUAUCAGGGCCUUUUGUUUACGGGCUCAUUUUUUCAAACGGAAAGAUGCCGAUGCUACUGAAGGAGCUGGUCAUCUGGAGGUCUAGAAUAAAGAAAAUCCAAACGACUCUCCAACUCAUAGUGCCUAGCGUGAACAACGAGGUCAUAGGCUGGCUUCACAAAAACCAAAAACAUACAACACCAGGUGUGCGCUGGUCGUCACCGACCCAACUACUAAUCCGGCCCUCAUUGGCUUAUCUAUGGGGGAGCGGACGGGAUCCCGAGCUUUCCAAUGGGUAUGGUCGUAUGUGGUGGUUGGAAUUCGCGAUGGUGCUCAUCAUCGACGUCGCAGACAACACCGUGAUGCUGUCUUUCGCCACAACACAACCUCAACAAAUCUGA